AUGUUUAGGGGUGAGAUGAAGUCUGAAGGUGACAGGCAGCGGAAAGUCCGAUUUCGGAUUGCUUCAUCUCACAGUGGGCGAGUGCUGAAGGAGGUUUACGAAGAUGGAGAGCCUUCAGACUCUCUCGAUUCUGAAUGUGCCAGUAGCUGUGGGACAGAUCACAAUAGUGGACCAAGUGAAGGUGAAGGACAGCAAAAUGGCCAUUUAGGAUCAGAGGGGGAUGAAAAUGAAAGCGACCAAGAUAACUUGCUUGUCUUAGCAAGGGCUACCACGGAGAAGGGGUUUGGUACGAGAAGAGUCAACAUUUUAAGCAAAAACGGGACGGUCAGAGGCAUCAAAUAUAAAGUUAGUGCCGGUCAAGCCCUUUUUAACAACUUAACCAAGGUGCUGCAGGUGAGUAAUGCCGCUUUCCUUUCCCACGAGUUUGCUCUGGAACUUGCCAUCUGGACCCUGAUUCCUCCAGUUUCCGCAUCUAAAUUGAACUUCUCUUAUUCAUGA